AUGGCUCGACAACUUAUCGAUCUAGUGUUGGUCGGGAUGUUGCCCUUGACCAUACUGCUCCAUCUGUACUUAGCCCCUUAUACCAAGGUCGAGGAGUCUUUCAACAUACAAGCUAUUCACGACACACUUGUCCAUGGCAUCCCGACACGAGAUGCUGCAGCUUUCUUCGACUCACAUUAUGAUCAUACCACUUUUCCCGGUCCUGUACCUCGCACCUUUGUUGGUGCUGUCGUCAUGUCCGGCUUGACUAGACCGCUGCAAAUUGUGUUGAAUAAGCUAUCGUCAGAAGGCGUAGAUAAGUUCAACUAUCAGAUUGCUGCAAGAGGAGUGCUCGGCUUGAUCAACGCUGCAGCUCUUGCCCACUUUAGACGUGCAAUCGACACAGCAUUUGGAAACGUAGCUGGGAGAUGGUAUAUCAUCCUCCAAGCCUCUCAGUUUCAUGUGAUGUUCUACGCAUCUCGCACUCUGCCAAACAUGUUUGCAUUCAGCAUUACCAUUCUGGCAUUGUCUAGCCUCAUCUCUGCUCAGGCAGUCGCGACCCGCACGUUGAAGAGCUCGAAACGCCGCCGCCUAGCUCUGUAUCUCUUGACUGCUUCAGGCAUCAUCUUCAGAUCAGAGAUAGCCAUUCUGCUCGCUGUGCAGACGCUAUACUUACUGCUACAAGGUCGGACCUCUCUGAUCCGCGAAGUGAUACCCGCCGGACUCCUUGGUGUGAUCAUUGGUCUUGGUGUCACUGUCUCAGUCGACUCAUACUUCUGGCAGCGCUUUCCACUGUGGCCCGAAUGGAUAGGCUUCGUCUAUAACACCAUCCAAGGAAAAUCCUCUGACUGGGGUGUCAGUCCAUGGCACUACUACUUCGUCAAUGCCAUUCCUCGUCUUUUGCUGAACCCAAUUACAUGGACGCUCUGCAUACCUUUGGCUCUGGUCAAUCGCGCUACACGAAAGACGAGCUUGGAUAUCAUGCUACCCCUCGUUGCUUUCGUGGCCAUCUAUAGCGUCUUGCCUCACAAGGAGUGGCGCUUCAUCAUCUACAUCAUCCCUGGACUUACUGGAGUAGCAGCUGCAGGAGCUUCGUGGAUCUGGACUCGUCGAUCGAAGACCCUUCUCUACCGUGUCUUGAGUUUAGCUUUGGUUGGCUCCACUUUGCUCUCAUUCGUGACUAGCUUGGGUCUGCUCUACAUUUCCAGUCUGAACUACCCAGGAGGUGAAGCUCUUGCACGACUUCACGAAGUCGCUCCUAGCACACAGAGUGGCCAGACGUGGGUGUAUAUGGAUAAUCUGGCCUGCCAGACUGGCGUCACGCGCUUUCUGGAGAAGAAUGCUGAGUCAACUUUCAAGUACGACAAGACAGAAGAUGAAAAAGCGCUGUUGGAUCCAGCCUUCUGGCAAAAGUUCACCUAUGUGCUUGCCGAAGACCCGAAACGAAUUAUCGGUAGCUGGGAGGUCGUCGACACCAUCUACGGCUACUCUGGAGUGGGUGUUGACAAUCUAGCCGAGGAGCAAGAUAGCGCCCCUGCUCUCGCGGCGAGAACCGCCAUUGCUCGACCUCUGAACAAGGGUCUGCAGGUGUACAAUUGGAUAGCUCGUACAGCAAGUCAAAAGCUGACUGGCGGAAGAUGGCCGGUGGUGAAGAUGGAACCCAAGAUCUAUAUCUUGAGGUCUCAAUAG